UCGACUGUCCGGUCCUCGAUGAUAUCGGCCGAUACAGACGGGCGAAGAAAGCGACUGAGCCGAAGGUCAUGAAACACACGCUCAGCAAGAAAAAUGUGCUUGCACAGAAGGGGUUCACGCUUGAUGAAGUCGAGGCGCGAACAUGAGAGGAGUUGCCCAGAUCUGACGAUGACAACAAGGAUAUAAUACGUGUCUGGAGUGUCGGGGUCAAAUGACUGAAUGGAGAUCUACACAAGAAGGGGAAGUUAAAGUAUACCCCACUGUAAGUAACAUUUGGCUAAGGCAGGCGAACUUGGAACGGUGCUCGAACGCACAAUGGUUGGUGAAGCCCGAAGAUAUCCGUGCGCAUAUUAACACCCUUCGCCGUGACGGUUUCGAUUCCCGAAAUUGCCAGGAAAAGGGCUAUUUCUUGCGCGGCUCGAUCAAGACGGAUGGCUAUAGCUUGCAGCUUCUCGCAUACAAGGUCCGCGAGCUGAAAUCAGUCAAGUUCAAGCGAUACAAGGCCGAUGUUUUGGCAGAUCGUCUGCUCACCACCGCCGCCGGCAUGAAUGACUAUCUGACCGAGGUGCGCAAUGUCUUCAAGUCCGCGGCCGAUGUCGAGCGCCUCCUUGGCUGCACCCCUGACGACACUGACAAGGUGUCAUACUUGGGUCUCGACCUAGGCCAAGCGUUCGUUAUCGGAGCGUACGGCCAUAUGCCAAAGGACAAGAGCCCCAAGAUUGGCAAGCGACGCCGCCACCGGCGACAGAAGAAGCGCGGCAGCCGGGGUCGUCGCAAAAGAGGUAGCGGCAAGGGCAGGAAGAAGAGCGUAUGUCGAACCCGAGGCGAGCGGCACAUUAACUUAGCUGCCAAGCAGAAAGCUGUUGCGCAACCCACUCACAGCCACAGGACUUGGAUGAAUCGGCAGAAGGGCGCCGACUUGAAGAUACACUCCAGCCCGUCGACCACCAACACCGAGUCAAUAGCACCAUCAACGGUCAACCAGCCCUCAACCAGCAGCACGGAGGCAGCAACAACCGAGUCUCUCUCUAUCUGCACGAUCGAGUCGUCACUCCCACCCCUCCGCGGUUCCGCCGCCGACUUCGUUGCUCACGUGCAGGGACGCAAAAUGCACAAGGUCCAUCUGGACAAGUUUUACAACGGCCGCCGAUUCAGGUUCAAGAAGUUCAAGCGGAUGUCGCAGCAGGCUAGGCAGCGCGAGUUCGAACGCCUGGCGGACUCGCUCCUGCGGAUGAUCGGCGACUCCAUUGGCGAGAAGAAGAAGGAGGAGGACAAGGUUGUGAUUGGGAUCGGCAUGGGGCGAUUCACCUCCAGUUCGGGAUUAUCAUCCUUGCAUGGGACGUUCGAGGCUUACUUCAUCCAGAAGGUAACUAUUUGUCUGUUUAUUGUGGGUUGUUUGCAGUGCUCCAAUCUAGCUACUGUUGCUAACUGACAUAUCCCUCGCGCUCUCUGUUAUUCCAUCGCGUAGGCGCGGUCGCUCGGAUAUCUCGUUGUUGGCGUGCACGAGUAUUACACC